UUUCAAAGCAGCAACAAACCUGCUGCUUUGUUGCUUUAUUUUCAUCCUCUGAACACAAGGGCUUCCAAAUAGGACCCACCUCCCCCCUCAAGGCCUCCAAUUGGUUGCUGAUGCUAUCGGUCAUUCAUGAUCAGAGCCCCCUGCCCAUUCUUUAUUGUUGCCGUCCACAAAGCAAUAGUAAAGUCUAACAUGGAAGCAAAGGAGCACAGCAACAGAGCAAUGGAGGAGCUAGUGACCGAGCUUCGCCUGUUCCUGGACCUGCUGGACAGAGAAUAUCUAAGUGCUGGAGUCCGAGAGAAGAAGGUCCACCUCUCCAACAUCCUGCAUCGUGUGCUUUCAGACAAAGAACCUUCAUUUAAAUCUGAGAUCCACAGUGGUUUGCCAGCCCCACCUCAGAUGCCCCUGCCAGAGAUUCCUCAGCCAUGGCUGGCUCCAAACAGCGACCCUCCUCCUCUGCCCAGCUCGUCUCUUCCAGAAGGUUACUAUGAGGAAGCAGUUCCCUUAAGUCCUGGAAAGGCUCCCGAGUACAUUACCUCUAACUAUGAUUCAGAUGCCAUGAGCAGUUCCUAUGAAUCGUACGAUGAAGAAGAGGAAGACGGGAAGAGUCAGAAAAUGCGCCACCAGUGGCCAUCUGAGGAGGCGUCCAUGGACCUUGUGAAAGAUGCCCGUAUCUGUGCUUUUCUGUUGCGCAAGAAACGCUUUGGCCAGUGGACUAAACUUCUCUGUGUCAUCAAAGACAACAAGCUACUGUGCUACAAAUCUUCUAAAGACCAGACCCCACAGAUGGAGCUCACUCUGUCAGGAUGCAUCAUCAUGCACAUCCCCAAAGAUGGCAGAAAGAAGAAGCAUGAACUGAAGAUUGUCCACCAGGGGGCAGAUGCCCUGGUGCUGGCAGUGCAGAGCAAAGAACAGGCCGAGGAGUGGCUCAAGGUGAUGAGGGAGGUGUGUGUGAAUGGAAGUGCAGACCUCGAUGGAGCUGCAUCUGGAUUACCUGUCCUCAAAGCAGAACUGGAGAAGAGAACAUCAUCUGACCGUCCGAGCUCAGAUGGUGAAGCAACCCAUGAGAAUGGACACAGUGACGGCAAAGACCAAGGAAAAGCAAAGAAAAACUCCAAAUCAGAGCAGAAAACUGGGACUGUUGGAAAGGGAGCCAGCAAGAAGAUCACCAAGAUUAUCAGUCUGGGGAAGAAAAAGCCAUCCACAGAUGAACAGACUUCAUCUGCAGAGGAAGAUGUUCCUACCUGUGGCUACCUGAACGUGCUGUCCAAUAACCGUUGGCGGGAGCGCUGGUGCCGCCUGAAAGACAACCAGCUACUUCUCCACAAAGACCGUGAUGACCUGAAGAGCCACAUCGCCUCACUGCCCCUUCGAGGCUGUGAGGUCAACCCCGGCCUCGACAACAAACACCCUUUCGCUUUCCGCCUCCUUCGUAAUGGCCAGGAGGUGGCAGUGCUGGAGGCCUCCUCCUCUGAGAUGAUGGGGCGUUGGUUAGGGGUGUUAUUGGCCGAGACUGGCUCCACCACUGACCCAGCCACCCUGCACUAUGACUACAUUGAUGUGGAGACCACUGCCAACGUCAUUCAACUGGCCAAGCAGUCCUUUUGUUUCACUAGUAAACGUGCCAUCUCUCCAAAUCCAUACCUUGACAGCCAAGCCAAUGGCUAUGCCUGUCCCUCUGGUAUGGCUCUACACUAUGAUGAUGUGCCUAUAAAUGGAAUGGAACUUGAGUUGCAGUACUCCACUCCCACCACUGGGCGGGGCCAGACGAAAGAGGAUGUGCAGCAAAAGAGCACAAGUCUGUAUGAAAAUAUGCCAUCACCUCAAGUCUGUAUGAAAAUAUGCCAUCACCUCAACUGGUGAUGCGCUUUCCCCCCAAAGCUUCCUCUGCUCCCACUUCCUUCUCCUCCUCUUCUGCUGCUCGCUAUAAAUCUCCUGUUUCUAAAAUCUCCUCUCGAUUCCUCACUGCUGACCAUAAACCUUUGGAUUCCACUCAGGUGACUAACAUUCUGCUGCUUAACUAAUAAACUCGUCAUACAAACUCUUCUACAUUUAUUUAUUUUUUAAUCCUCACUAACUUACUCCUCACCAAUGACUUUGUUCCUGCAUUCCUUCCAUUAUAUUUUCUGUUUCCCUCAGAUCAACUCAUAGAUCAUUUGCUUUUCACAUUGUUUGGUAAUUUAAUCUAUGUUUUAUGGUUGUGUGAUUAUUCUUUCCUUUAAUAUUUUUUACAUUACAAGCCUUCUUCUGCAACCAUAUAUGGCACCACACAGGCUAUUAUGAAGCUCUACCUCUUACCUACCACUCUGAUGUGUGGGUUGUGUAGUGCUGCCAGUAACUAUAACCAUAGACCACAAAGUGUUGCUCUGUUGAAUAAUGAAGGCUGUAGAGGUGGACAAGGGUUUUUAUUUCAGAAAGAUUCACCUAUUUUACUACAUUUACAAUAUACUAUUAUUCAAAGUAUGAACCAAAUAUUAAUUAGCUUAUACAAUAAUAACUAAAAUCAUGCAAAAUUAUAAUUCAACAAGCAUCCUAAAUAUUUGGAUAAUAUGGGUUACACAAAAGAUCUCAGUCAACCAGUCAGCUGACAAACCAGUACAGCGUUCCAGUUCCCUUGACUGAGACACUGUUGUUCUGGUUUUAUUGUCCACUUAUGUACAGUUGUGGUUGAUGUUAACUCCAAUUAGUUGCAAUUUACAGCAACAAUGUUCUUAAUAAAAGGCUGCAAUCAUUUAAUUUUUACGACAUUGCACUCAUUGUACAGAGGUGGCGGAUGCUGUGAAGCACAGCAUGAGCGUGAAGAACAGGGAGAAUCUGCUCUGUGUUGUGAGUUUAUGGAAGAUGAAGCCCUGAAAGAAGAUUUUUAUUACAUUUUUUUCUCGGUAUUAAACACAUGUAAAUCAAGAUAUAUAAUUAAUUUUAAAAAAGUUUUUAAAUGAACAUUAAAAAGUUUUAUGAACAUUUUCAUAGGUAGAAAGUAUAAACUGUGGGACUUUUAAAAUUAUUGAACUGUGGUACUUGUGGCUUUCUAUACAUCCUGUGGUAUGUAUAAAGCUGAGUUAUUUUUGCAUUUUUCAUCCAUCCAUUUUCUAUACACCUUUGUCCCUU